AUGCGCAGGACGAACAGCGAUAUGACCACUCUGUUUGCGCGGUUGGUGGCUUCUAUUACCAAGAAUACUUCUAGGACUGUUUCUGACUACGUCUUUGUCCAGAUUGAUCCCUCCGCCACCGUCUCCGAUGCCUGUGUUUCCUACGUCACCAUUGAUUCUCUCAACGAUCAGAUUUACAGCCUUCUCCAAUCGAUCACGCAAGAGACGGAUUUUUUUUCAUACUAUCGCCUAAAUUUAUUCAACAAGCAAUGCCCGUUCUGGGACGAUGCCAACAGCAUGUGUGGCAAUAUCGCCUGUUCCGUCAAUACAAUAGAGUCAGAGGAGGAUAUCCCGUUGACGUGGCGCGCGGAGGAACUGAGCAAAUUGGAAGGUCCUAAAGCCGGCCAUCCCGGCCGCAAACUUCAAAAGGAACGGCCCAGUGACAAACCGCUUCAAGGCGAACUCGGCGCAAACGUCGGGGAAAGCUGUGUGGUCGAAUACGACGACGAGUGCGAUGAGCGCGAUUACUGUGUACCGGAAGACGAAGGGGCCAGUGGUAAAGGUGACUACGUCAGUCUGGUAGACAAUCCGGAACGAUUCACGGGCUACGCAGGUCCAGGAGCCCAUAUGGUCUGGGAUACCAUUUAUCGGGAGAACUGUUUCCUGAAGUCGCCUCCGGAGAUGGCACUUUCCCCGCACCCUUCUCUAGGUGGCUUGCAGGCCGUCAACGACUUCCGAAAUGUAUUGCAAAAGGAGAUGAAACGGUCCGAACAGUUGCCGUUCGACAAUGAGUGCCUUGAGAAGCGGGUCUUUCAUCGCGUUAUUAGCGGCAUGCAUGCCUCCAUCACGGCCCAUCUCUGCUGGGAUUAUCUCAACAAAACCACAGGACAAUGGCACCCUAAUUUGCAAUGCUUCAAAGAGCGUCUGCAUGACCACCCAGAGCGCAUUUCUAACUUGUACUUCAACUAUGCGCUUGUCUCGCGGGCGGUGGCGAAGCUGCGGAAGCACCUUCAAAAUUACACCUUUUGCAUAAGCGAUCCCCUUCAGGACAGGGAAACCAAGGAGAAGGUGUCGCAGCUGACUGCGAUCCUCGCCGAUCGGCCGCAAAUCUUUGAUGAAAAUAUCAUGUUCCAGGACCCGAGCGCACCCGGCUUGAAGGAAGAGUUCCGCAAUCGCUUUAGAAACGUGAGCAGAUUGAUGGACUGUGUUGGCUGUGAUAAGUGCCGACUGUGGGGCAAGCUCCAGGUGAACGGAUAUGGAACGGCUCUGAAGGUGCUGUUCGACUACGACGAGACCAAGAAUGGCGAAAAUCCACCACUACGGCGAACUGAGCUGGUCGCGUUGAUCAACACUCUGGGCCGCAUUUCCCAUAGUUUGGCUGCUGUACGAAGCUUCCAUCGUGCCAUGGAUCUUGGACAGGGCCAGACUUUCGCUAUCAUGGCGGGAACGCCCAUGUUGAAGCAACAUCCUGGCGGUCGGAAAGCGAAGGUCCUCUACAAGGAUGGAGGGUCGACGUUCUAUUACGAAGACGACGAAGACGAUUUCAAAUAUGCGACGGAAAGAUUACCAUGGGAGAGGAGACCGUAUAAGGAAUCGGAUACUGCUUGGGACAGUUUUACAGCUGAAUUCGAGGUGGUGUGGAACACAUUCGUCUACGUCCUGAAGAGUUGGUGGAAUUUGCCGAAAACUUUAUGGGAAAUCUUCGUCCUGGAAGCCAACCGGGCCUGGAGUUACUGGCUGGGUCUCCCUGUGCCGCCGCGGUCAUGGAGAAUUCGACUUCCUCAACGACCCCAGAUUCGCAGCCAUGACGAGUUAUAA